AUGGCCUCUCGCCUCGCCCGUCUCCCCCGGUGGAUCAGCCACUGGCUCGGCUAUCGCCCAGAGGCCGUGAAACCACUCUCUAAAUACCAAGUCGCUCUAUGGUCCUUCAUAACCUCAUUCUGUGGUCUAUCAGUCGUGCAAGCAAUUUUCAAUUAUUCUGACUAUUUCAUUGAUCGCAAUGUACCGGGUAUAAUCGCAUCCUAUGGUGCAUCCGCAGUCCUCGUCUUCGGCGCAAUCGAAAGUCCCCUCGCGCAACCACGCGCUCUAGUCUUCGGUCACUUCUUCAGCGCUUUAGUUGGCAUCUGCGUUACCAAAUUGUUCAGCCUAAUGCCCGACCAAGCGCGGUUCGAGUCUCUGCGCUGGCUGGCCGCUUCGCUUUCUACCGCUAUUGCUAUUGUCGUGAUGCAGUUGACGGGUACUACCCACCCGCCUGCCGGAGCGACUGCUUUGCUCCCGGCGACCAGUGCCGAGAUUUGGCUGCUGUCGUGGUACUACUUACCUGUAGUUCUGCUGUCUUCGGUUAUGCUCUUGGUGUGUGCGUUGCUGUUCAAUAAUUUGCAUCGUCGAUAUCCUGCAUUUUGGAUCGCGCCUACUCCGCCAAAGGCUGCUGCACCUGCUCCGGCACCUGUUGAGGUUUCAUCAUUGGAGAAGGCAGCGAAGUGUCCUGUUUGA